GGAUAAGAGAGGAGAGAGAGGGAGAGAAGGAGGGAAAAAAAGGGGGAGGCACCUGAGAGAGGAGCAGGUCAGCCUUCCGCGGUGUCAAGUUUACGUUAAUCACGGCGCGGUACAGUUUCAGACAUAUUUGUCAAGCGGAGGAGUCAUCGUCGGACCAGCUCCAACCGCCGCUCCGUCACAAGCUAUGACCGGCGCUACGGGCUGUUGUUAUCACGGACUUAACGUGUGAGGUGAGCUGCGACUGUCCCCUUCUUUGUCUCUCUCUGUGCACCUGCAUGUACUGUGGGCAGCCCCGGCCUGUCGGAGAGGCGCUGUGCUCAGAGACUGUGCUGCACUAGGAGAACCCCAUGGCUUCAGGCCCUCCAUCUCCCUCUGUAGGCCGCAGGCUCAGGCUGCUGGAGGUGCUGCUUGGACCUCUGUUGGUCUUGCUGGUGUCUGGGCUGGAGCCAGUACUGGGUCAGAAGGUCUACACAAACACAUGGGCUGUCCACAUACCUGGAGGUCAGGGGGAAGCUGAUCGAAUUGCCAGCAAACAUGGGUUCAUCAACUACGGACAUGUAUUUGGUGAUUAUUAUCACUUUCGGCAUCGUACGGUGGUGAAGAGAUCGCUGUCAGAUCACAGGGGGACACAAGUCCGUCUAGAAAAAGAUCCGAAGGUGACUUGGGCAGAACAACAGGUGUCGAAACGGAGAAAAAAGAGAGAUGUCUACGUAGAACCUUUUGAUCCCAAGUUCAGAGACCAGUGGUACCUGUACAACGGCAACCACCGUGACUUGAAUGCCAAAGCUGCGUGGCAGUUGGGCUACACAGGUAAAGGUGUGGUGGUGUCGAUCCUGGAUGAUGGAAUAGAGAAGAACCAUCCUGACCUAAUGCAGAACUAUGACCCGGAUGCCAGCUACGAUGUGAAUGAUGGCGACCCAGAUCCUCAGCCUCGAUACACGCAGCUUAAUGACAACAGGCAUGGAACACGGUGUGCAGGAGAGGUGGCAGCAGUAGCCAACAACGGGAUCUGUGGAGUCGGUGUGGCCUACAAUGCCAAGAUUGGAGGUGUGCGUAUGCUGGACGGUGAGGUGACUGACAUGGUGGAGGCCCAGUCUCUCAGUCUGAAUCCCCAACACAUCGACAUCUACAGCGCCAGCUGGGGCCCAGAGGAUGAUGGCAAAACUGUUGAUGGACCUGCCAAACUCGCCAAAGAAGCCUUCCUGCGUGGAGUUACAGAGGGUCGUAAUGGUUUGGGCUCCAUCUUUGUGUGGGCUUCUGGGAACGGAGGGAGGGAGAAGGACAGCUGCAACUGCGACGGCUACACCAACAGUAUCUACACCCUGUCCAUCAGCAGCUCCACCCAGAAUGGCAAUGUCCCCUGGUACAGCGAGGCUUGCUCGUCCACCCUCGCCACCACCUACAGCUCGGGGAACCUCAAUGAGAAACAGAUAGUGACUACAGACCUCAAAUCAAAAUGCACAGACUCCCACACAGGCACCUCUGCCUCCGCCCCGCUUGCUGCUGGGAUCAUAGCCCUUGCCCUUGAGGCCAAUAAAAACCUGACCUGGAGGGACAUGCAACAUCUGGUUGUGCGAACUUCUCACCCUGCCCACCUGCUCACCAAUGACUGGAGAACCAAUGGGGUUGGGCGCAAAGUUAGCCAUUCAUAUGGAUAUGGUUUACUUGAUGCCAGUGCAAUUGUAGCGCUGGCAAAGACAUGGGACAGUGUGGGGCCACAGCGGAAAUGUGUCAUCACCAUGGUCUGUGAGCCAAGGAACAUCGGCAGCCAUUUAUCGAUUAACAAGAGUGUUGAUGCCUGCAUCGGGACUGACAGUCAUGUGACCUCACUAGAGCACGUCCAGGCCCGGCUCACCCUGUCCUACAACCGGAGGGGAAACCUGGCGAUCCACCUUGUUAGUCCUGCCGGCACGCGCUCCACGCUGCUCCACCCCAGGCCUCACGACUACUCGUCAGAGGGUUUUAAUGACUGGGCUUUCAUGACCACCCACUCGUGGGAUGAGAACCCCACCGGGGAGUGGACUUUGGAGAUUGAGAACGUGGCUGGUGCCAGUGACUAUGGCACCCUGACCCAGUUCAUCCUGGUUCUGUAUGGCACCGGCUCAGCAUCUUCCAGCUCCUCUGACGAGUCUCAGCCUGGCAACGACAGCUGCAAGACCUUGGACCUGAGGCAGAUAUGCAUCGAGUGCAACGCUGGCUACUACCUCUUUCAGCAGGGCUGUGUGAAACAAUGUCCACCAGGCUUCUCAGUGGGCUCCCAGCCCCUCAACUACACAGUGGGGAACUCUAUAUUGCCCUCGUCCGUCCCAGCCUGCCUGCCCUGCCCACCGCCCUGCCUGACCUGCAGCAGCCUCAGCCCGCUGGCCUGCCUGUCCUGUCCCACUCACAGCUCCCUUGACCCCGUCUCUGGCACCUGUCUGCACCUCAACCAGUACAUGCGUGAGUCCCCUGGCAGCUUCAUGGUGGGCCAGGGGAACCCAGCAUCAGAGCUCCAGUUGAGCUCCCGGCUGCCCAUCACCAUCGCUGUGCUCAGCUGCAUAGCCAUCAUCGCCACCUUCGCUGGCAUCUUCCUGCUGCUGCAGCUGCGCUCAGGCGCUCUCAUUAAGAUACCCUCACUGGAGGCCGGCAGCGGCCUCGGGGGCAGCUUCAGCCUUGGGGGAAAUAGGGUGGUGUCGUACCAUGGCAUCCCGACAGUGUGGGGGGAUGAAGAGGUAAAUACAGACUCUGAAAACGAUGAGUUUGACGUCCACAAUGAGAGGACUGCCUUUAUCAAAACACAAAGUGCUCUUUAAUGCCUCCCCCACAUCCCUCCUUCUCUACUGCUUUUAACCCCCCCUCCCAAUUUCUCUGAUAAUUCAGAGCUGUGGUAACGGUCCUUUCACAGUCUUUUCUGGUUUUUAUCUCUCAUCCCUUUGUUUCUGUCUCUGUCUUACGGGCUUCUUGUCUGAGUCCUGUUUCAGGAUCUCGUCUUCCACUCUGCUGUGGGAGACCUGAUGGGAAGCCACCGUCCCUCAGAGCUCAGAUGGCCCGAGCUUUGCUCUGUUCACACUUGGGUGCAUUUCUAUUAAAUUGGCUCUCUCCCUCCUCUUGCCCUCAAUCGUUAACAGUGUCUGUCUGUGCAGAGCCCCCCCCCCACCACCCACCCAGCUCCAGCUCCUUUUUGUUACAAGUAAACACAUGAUUAUUAUUUGCUUUCUUCCUCCUUUUUUCUCUCUUUCCGUCACUCUCAGUGCAGUAGCCAGACGAGAUUGUAGAAUGUGAGGAGUAGAGAUGUGUGUGUGUGUGUGUGUGUGUGCGCGCGCGCACUCGUGUGCAUACAUGUGUGAAUGCCUGUGUCUGUGUGAAUGCGAGCGUGUAAAUCUGAUGAACAGUGUAGUGCCCUUCAUAGAGAACCUAAAGCUGGUCCUGUCACAUUUAGUAUUAUAUCAUAAAAGCGAUAACAAAAUUGUAUUAUGAGGCAUGAAAUCGGAUUUGGAAACACUGAUUCUCUCCGAAGUGUCGUUUUGUGACAUCAACAUCCAAAAUCUGUUCAGAAAAGCACCACUUAUCUGUAGUGCUUCACAUUUUUGAAGUGCAUUUUUGAAAAUUCACGGAUCAAAAGCAGAAUAGUUGGACAUGUGGUGGCACGUGAUUACAAAACAUUACAGACGCAAAACAGACUGUCGGAGAGCUUUUUGAACUUGUCAUGUCAUCUUUCCUUUUAUGAUGAGUCAGUGAUGCGUAUUUGAACAGAAUCCAUCCCUCACACAGUCUUUUUUUUAGAUAUAUAUAUAUUAAAUCUGUACAGUUAUUGAUCCAGGUGAGACUUCAGUUCUCUUAUUGUGCACACAUAGAUCUCUCUCAACUCUCAACUGGCAGAACAAACUGUGAGUCACACAAUUAGCAAAGCUUCCUCCAGCCUUAAGAUGGACUCUCAUUUAUUCCAGUUUGGAAAGUAUACAUUCUCCUCUGCUCAUAAUAAACUAUCCACCACGCCAAACAAAAACAGACACAUUUAAAGAAACACACACAGACACAGGUUAUUGGAUCAGCCCUGAGGCACAGUCCCUUCCAGGGAUAUUUAAUUUCUGUGUCUGACGCUCUCACAUGCCGGUGCUGAGAGAGACGCAGCCGAGGUGCUGAUGGGACCCAGAACAAUAUGUGACCGUCGAGCACAGAGCUUCAAAGCAGCUGGCGGGUGUUGAGCCACCUGUGAAUGAUUUCUUGAUAGAGAGGAGACAGUGCCAAAACAUUGAUGCUUUCUCUUCUCUUUCAGAAGCACAUUCACACUACAAACACACGGCUCAUAUAAUACCUGAAACUUUGUUAAAAUGCACCUGCGUGUGUGUGCGUGUGCGUGCGUGUGCGUCUGUGUGCGUGUGCGUGCGUGUGCGUGCGCUUGUGUGAAUUAGUUUACUACAGAUAAGGUGGAGAAAUGUUUAUCUGCCCUCUGAUGUGAAGGUUUCCUCCUUCGUCUCUGCUCUUUUCUUCAAGUCUUGAGUUCCGUUUAGAAAUCGUGCGUUGUGACUCCACAUCUCAUCAGUGUCUCUGCACUCACCCUCCAGACUUCAUCUAAUCUGAAUUUCAGAUUAUCUCUUCGGCGUACUUGCCAAUUAAUUAUAUUCUGAGUGAUAUUGCAGCAGCUAUUUAUUCUGAGAGAUUUUAAUCAUACCUUUAGGGAAGAUUGUUUUAAAGUGAUUUUUCUCCGGGGCUGGUUAUCAUCUAAAAUAUGCAUCUCAUGAUUUAACCCACAGUAGCCAUUUUGAAUCCAUUGAUCUCGUUUUCUAUCAUGUUGAUUUUUUUUUUUUCCAUUUCCAGUACAAAAACAGUGGCGCUUGCUGAGAGAGGUUGUCAUGGUGAUGACAUGCAUACAAAAGUGCAGCUGCUCAUCCUUUUAUCUACCUCUCAUAUCAUUCAGCAAGGGUUCAUAUGCUGUUGUAGGAGCUGUUAAAUGAUUAUAGAGGUCAAAUUAUAUGUAGGUCAGAUAUGAAAAUGCUUCUCGGGAAGAUAUGGGGCAUAAGCAUGUAAGUCAGAUUUAUGUUUUAGAGGAGAAACAAGCAAUUGCAAUUCAGAAACUGUAAAGCUGCUGUAUAAAUUCAAGUCUCCUGAACCUCCUAUCUCUCCAAAAAUUUAUUGCCUUUAGGAUCAGCAUUCAUGGGCAGGCACACCUGGGCUUAUAAACCUGUUAUUGAAAAUAAAAUGGGUCGAAGGGAUUGUCCAUAGAUCUUGUUGGCCAGCGUUAAAGUGCUAAAUCAAGUUCAAAUUGUUUGAGGCGUUUGUUUUCCUCACCUUCUCAUACUCACUUUCUACCCAGGCGACUCUAUCAGGGGCGAAGACCUUUUUGUUCGUAAGUUUACAUCACUGACAAUCAAAGAGUUUCCUUGUUUUGAGGGCGAGAAGAUGCACACAAAACAAAUGGAUUUUAAUUUAACCACUUGUGCUGGAAAACCUUCUCAGAAGUCAUUAUUCAUAAACCCGCAGAGCUAAAUAUGAUUUAAAUUGCAAAAGCGUGUUCAGAGAGGAAGAAAAGAAAAUAGAAAAUCGGCAGAGAAUAAAGAGUUUCAAACCAAUACCUGCCAACAUUCUGUUUGAAAGCAUGGAGAAAGAUUGGUAUGUAUGCGCUCAAACACAGCGCUGAGCCAGAAGCUUAAUUCAUCUCAGAUGGCCAGUGCAGGUGUAGCACAUUUGGCUUAUCGCGGCAGUUUCAGCCAGAAAGCACUAAACUGGAUUGGAAACCAACCUGAGAGUGUGGAUUUUAGAGAAAGUGCCCUCCAAAGGAACAAAGCUGAUGUGGCUGCAGAAUAACGAGCACAUGCUGCAUCGCUUUGUGUGAUGUACAUUAGUGCCUAGUGCCAUUAGGCUUUGAUUAGCCCCAGUUUAAGGAGGGUGCUAAUUUGAAAAUCUAAUAACUGCAGCCUCAGACUUGAGCCACAAAAUCUUAUUGACUUCCCAGCAUGGUGUGAGGUAUGUAAACAACAGAUAAUGUGCUAAUGUGGCACCAAAAUUGCUUCCAUAAACAAUUUUCUUGUAUUUUGGAUGCUUAGAGUUUGCAUUUUUAGAAGAACUGUAAUGUGGAACUCUGGACUGAUGUGUUGCAAUUACUAUUGACUACAGUAAUUGAUGCCCCAUCUCAUCAAUAUUAUCCAUGGUGCAUCUUCCCUUACAAAGGGUUUAUAUUGCUUCCAGCAAUUAUACAGUUUCUCCUAAAGUGAAACAUUAUGGCUCCUGUGGCCCCUCCAGUGCACACACAAAAUGAUAUUUUCCAUUUAGCUUGAUGUUGUAUUCACUACAACUUGAGGACUCAGAAAACUUUAAACGGAUGAACUCAGAGCUUUGUGCAUUCAAGUGUUAAACUUUAAGAAAAUCAUGCAGGCAGCAUUAAGUUGCUAAUGCUUCCAAAGCACGGGGAGCUGCUGAAAACCAUUAGCAGCUGUCUCACACUGUGGCUGCAAGAACGUGAUGGAAACUACACACUAAAGAGAAAGAAAAGGUUAUCUAAUUGUGCCAGAAAGCAGCUCGUUAUUAUAAGGCUGCCACUUCACUGGCACUAAAGUGUGAAGCCUUUUCAUGUAGAAUGUAACAGAAAUGUUGCAGAAGAAAAUGGUGUCCAUUGCAAAUUGUCUCCUCUGGCUAUAAAGAAAAGACUCGCUCGUGGAAAUGAUGGAGGCUUUUCUUUCAUGCAGCUGAUUUAUUUUACGUGGAGCUUGAUGUCGCUUCAGUCCUGCCUUAGGAUGUAGUCUGAAGUGAUCAAUAUGAAGUCGGAUGGAGUUAAUAGGAGCAAUAUCUUUGGCAUAACCAAAGACAAUCAUUUUAAUGCUGUCUGUUUAGUGUUACGACGUGUUGCUGUCAGGUUGUCACAGUCCAUCGACCCCUUCGCUGGUGUUCAAAGUGUUUUGUUGAUAUCAUUCUGUCAUCUCUGCCUUUUUUUGUUUGUUUGUUUUUGUUUUGGAAGAUCUGCAGUGACACCCUAUAUGUUCAGCAGCUGUGGAGGGAGGAGGUAGAAUGUAUCCCAUCUCCAUUAACUUAAGGGCUGAAUCAGAUCUGCGUGCGUCCAUGUGUGCGCAUGCUUCUUUAAAUAUAAAUGAAACACUUUGUGAUGGAGGGGGGGGGGGGGCGGUGGGAGCGGUUAGUGGAGCAGCCUCCGAUGACUCUGUUGACCUCCUCCCGCCUCUUCGUGAUGCUCCUGGCCUGUGGCUGCACACAGUACCUUACAGAUUUGUGACCUAUGAAUAAUGUACAAGAAUGACUAUCUUCACAUGGGACAUAACUCUAAAAUAAGGCCUAUUUUUGUACUAUAUGAAUGGUGCAGUGUAAUUUUCUUGUAAUUUAAAGAUUUUUUUGCUUUUGUUUUCUCCUUUUUAUUUAAUUGAUGUCAAUUAUAGAUUCUACUAAAAAUAAAGAUCUAUGCAAAUU